ACGGCCGACAAUGUGUUAGUUUGUGUAAUUGUAUCAAUCAAGCGCCAGCCACCGUCCGAUUCACACACCGUUUGAACGUUUGGCCACAGUUGUACUUUCAAUAUGUCUGAACUGAAAAUACGCCCCAUACCCGAAGCUCUCCAGAAGAAAGCCAACAAGGAACUUAACGAAAAUGUUCAGCUGCUGUCCAGUGAGCUGGAAACCAUCAGAACUUGGAUAAAACAAUCCGGGCACCUUCGAGCUAGAACGGAUGACCAAUUCUUGGUGGGAUUUCUGAGAGCCUGCAAACACAGCAUCGAGCGGCUCAAGGAGAAGAUGGACAUAUACUACUCGAUUCGAUCCGUGCUGCCGGAAGUAAUGGACAAGAGAGAUCCACUGAAUCCGUUUGUCCGGAAGGUCAUUCAAAUGGGUGUUACUAUUCCACUACCGAAGACUGUGAAUCCGGAUGACCCGAAAAUCGUCUUAAUCCGAGCAGGUGCAUUCGACGGAGAUUUCUGCGAUUUCCCGGAUAUUCUCAAAGUAUUCACAAUGAUCGCCGACCUGCAACUGCGGGACGACGACCAAAUGGUGAUUUGUGGCCAGACGGCCAUAAUCGAUCUGGGUAACUCUUCCAGCGGGCACUUUUUCAACUUCAACGUGUCUUUCCUGAAGAAGGCUGCCAUCCUGAACCAACAAGGUUCCCCGCUGCGCCAGAAGGAGUUCCACUUCAUCAACACCCCGAAAGGGUUCGACAUUGUGGUUAGUUUGUUCCGGAGUCUGAUGACCGAGAAGAAUCGUGGCAAAACGAUCGUCUCUCACGGUUCGGAUGUUAAAUCGUUGCAGAAAUAUUUCCCCAAAUCUGUGCUUCCUACCGAAUAUGGGGGUGAUUUGGGUCCAGUCCAACAAUAUGUGGACUAUUGGGAGCAAAGACUGAUAGACGAUCAAGAGUACCUGAUUGGAGAGCAAAAGUUUGGAGUGGAUGAAAGUAAACGACGAUCUACGAAUCCACUGUCGGAGGAAAAGGACUUGUUUGGAACGGCUGGUACGUUCCGAAAACUAGAGUUUGAUUGAGAAUCAUGACAAUCAUUCUGGAGCAAGAUGGUCUAAUUUUUAAAUUGAUAACACUACUAGACAAAACAAAACUUGUGUCAAGGGAUUCACGAUAUCUCAUCCGUUCCUGAGAGAAAAGGCAUCCCCGAAUCCGAUGCAAUCGACAGAAUUUGAUUUUAUGUCCAUGGAGACUGAAGAGAAUGUGGUAAUUUUUUUAACAUAAAAAAUCGAACAAUUUAAAAAAAACCAUGCGUCUCCUCCCAAUUAUAUGAGCCAUCUACAAGAAUAUGGAAGCGCCUGGUGCAUAGCCAUUUCCUUUAAGCACAACGGAAACAACCAAUACAAAUGUAUAAAAAAAGUUGUCAAGUUCGGGGGGUCCACAGCUAGCAUUUUUUAUACGAUUAUAAAAAUAAAUAUUAAAAGUUUAAAAUU